GCCGGGAGCCGGGGCAGCGCGGGGGGAGCCGGGGCGGGGCGGCGCGGGGCGGGCGGGGCGGCGGAGGGGCCGCGGCCGCCGCUGAGGAACAUCAAUAAUAACAAGGUGAGCGCGGCGCGAGGGACGGCGGCUGCGGGGAGCCAGGCAUUUCCCUGCUGAGGGAUGCAGACACCACGGCCCCGGGAACCAGAGCUCUCGCCGCUGCAGCCCUUGCCGCCGGGAUGGGACGCUAGGAUCGUUCUCCUUCUACUUCUCGCUCUUUUUAAUUUUUCUUGCCCUUUUUUAUUUUUAUUUUUUAAUUUUUCCCUUCUCGACGUUUCGCAUCACUUCUCUGCCCAAAAAACCAACCGCAUCAUGGAGGCCCUUUGAUGCGUCCGCCCGCCGCGCCGGCUGCCCCCGCGGCUGAGGGAAGCCCUCCGGGCCGUGCCCCGUUCCCUGAGGGGGCUCCCCGCGGCCCGGCCCGCCCCUGCCCCGCCGCGCUGAGCCGGGAUGCCGCUGCGGCGGCCGCAGAGCCCCGCUGCCGCCUGACGGGGGGCUCUUCCUUCCUUCCGACGACGGGAACCUGAAUGUCACCCCCGCGGCGGCCGCCCGCCCGCCCGCGACCGAGGCGGCGCGGGACGUGCCCAGCGCGGCGUGAGGAGCGCAGCCGGCUCCCCGGGGCGGCCGGGCGCCUUUGGCUCUUCGCUGGUAUUUUUUAAUAAAUCGUUGAUUUUUUUUUUUUUUUUUGGCCCCAAAGCACACCCCAAAGCGCACCCCCGGCACAGCGCAGCGCCGAGGGGACCGCGAGGAGCGAGCGCGGCUCGGCGGGAGCGCGGACGCGGAGGUGGGGAGCGGCCCCCGGCCCGGUCCCGGGUUAAUCGGUAACGCGGAGCAAGCCCGGGUGAAAAUGCGCCGCGCUCCGGGCUCAGGGGAGGAGAUGGUGCCGUGCCCCCGGCCGCUCUGAGCGCCGAGCCGACGCCGAGGUGUGUGUGGUUUGGGGCUUGGGUGUUUUUUGGUGUUUUUUUUUUUUUCUGCUUUUACAAGAAGGAAAGAAAACGUUACCAAGAUUCUCAGAUGGCUUAGACAAAUUAAUAAUAAUCUGUGAAAAUACGAAGUCGACCGGUUCUUGAUUUCCCCCCUUCCCUCCCCUCCAGCUCCCCAGCCCACUGCUGAGAUUGAGCUAAAAGGACCUGUUUCCUGGAGGACGAGGAGAACAGACACGUUUCUGGUGGUGUAGAAGGGACCGAUGGCAAUGCUUCAGAGUGUAGCGGAGACGCAGGAGAGAGAGUCAACCUGUUAACAAAAUAUUAAGCAGGGGGAAAAUAUCAACGGGAAGGAAAGAUAUAUAUACAUAUAUAUAUAUACACGUAUAUAUAUAUACAAUUUAGAAGUAUUCCCCAGGUGGCCACAAAGCAUGGGCUGUGUUCCAAGCACCAACCUCUCUGACAGCAGAGUGAUCUGUCACAGUAGCAAUGAGUCUGAGGAGUACAAUUUCCCUCACCAGACCAACACAACCAUGUCUCAACAGCAGCAAGGCAACCCCGUCCCAGGAUUAUUCAUUAAAUGCUACAACACAUCCACUUAUGAGGCGAGGACUAAUUCCUCUAAGAAAGACAAGAGGGAGAACAGCCAGAGCAUGGAGGCAGAGGCCCAGACCGGCAGAUCCAAUGUUAAGGCACCAGUAACAGAUGUGCAGUUUGGCCCUAUGAGACUUCAUCAAGAUCAACUUCAGGUACUUUUAGUGUUUGCUGAGGAAGACGAGCAGAGUAACGGGUUCCGCUGGGCGUGUGACAAGGCUGGAUUUCGGUGCAAUCUUGCCAGGACACCUCAGUCUGCACUAGAAUGCUUUCUAGAUAAGCACCAUGACAUUAUCAUCAUUGACCAUAGACAUUCCAGAUACUUUGAUGCAGAAGCAUUAUGCAGGUCUAUCAGAACAACAAAAGCCUCAGAAAAUACAGUCAUUAUUUGUGUAGUACAAAGGCACACUGAUCGUGAGGAGUCAUCAAUAUUGCCCCUGAUCUCUGCUGGCUUCACAAGGAGAUAUGUAGAAAAUUCUAGUAGAAUGGCCUGCUACAAUGAGUUGAUUCAGCUGGAGUUUGGACAGGUGCAGGCACAAUUCAAGCUAAGGGCAUGUAAUUCAUUAUUUACAGCAUUAGAGAAAAGUCAAGAAGCCAUUGAGAUCACAAGUGAAGACCAUGUAAUACAGUACGUCAAUCCUGCUUUUGAAACAAUGAUGGGCUAUCAAAUAGGUGAACUAAUAGAAAAGGAAUUAACAGAAGUGCCUAUAAAUGAAAAAAAAGCUGAUUUCCUAGAUACUAUUAAUUCCUGCAUAAAGAUAGGAAAGGAAUGGCAAGGAAUGUACUAUGCGAAAAAGAAAAAUGGAGAUAGCAUACAACAAAAUGUGAAGAUACUACCUGUCAUUGGACAGGGAGGGAAGAUUAGACACUAUGUGUCAAUUAGUAGACUGUGCAAUGACAACAAUAAGGUGGAGAAGACAUGUGAAUGUAUUCAGGCUGAAUCUCAGACAGAUACUCAGACUUGCAGACACAAAGACAUGAGGAAAGGAUCCCUGGAUGUCAGAUCCACAACAUCUCGUGGGAGUGAUGGCAGCUCCCAGCGGCGCCGCUCCUCCAUGGCCAGGGUCCAUUCCAUGACUAUCGAGGCUCCCAUCACCAAGGUAAUAAACAUCAUCAAUGCUGCACAAGAGAGCAGUCCCAUGCCAGUUGCAGAAGCUUUAGACCGGGCUUUGGAGAUUUUAAGAACCACUGAAUUGUACUCUCCACAACUGGGGACAAAAGAUGAGGAUCCACAUACAAGUGACCUUGUUGGAGGACUAAUGACAGAUGGUUUACGAAGAUUAUCAGGGAACGAAUACAUAUUGUCAGCAAAACAAACUCAUCAGGUUGCUGGCAGUCUGAGCUCUCCAAUCUCCCUCAAUGACAUCCCCCCACGGAUAACACAGGCAAUGGAAAAUGAGGAACAGUGGGAUUUUGAUAUCUUUGAACUUGAGGCUGCCACCCAUAAAAGGCCUUUGGUUUAUCUGGGUCUCAAAAUAUUUGCUCGCUUUGGAAUCUGUGAAUUCCUAAACUGUUCAGAAUCCACUCUGAGGUCAUGGUUACAAGUUAUUGAGGCUAACUACCAUUCCUCCAACUCCUACCAUAAUUCUACUCAUUCAGCAGAUGUACUACAUGCUACUGCUUACUUCUUGUCUAAAGAGAGAGUAAAGCAAACUCUGGAUCCGAUAGACGAGGUUGCCGCGCUCAUUGCUGCCACAGUCCACGAUGUGGAUCACCCAGGAAGAACAAAUUCUUUCCUGUGCAAUGCUGGCAGCGAGCUUGCAAUUCUCUACAACGACACGGCCGUGCUGGAGAGCCACCAUGCUGCCCUGGCCUUCCAGCUCACCACCCGGGAUGGCAAAUGCAAUAUAUUUAAAAACAUGGAGAGGAAUGAGUAUCGAACCCUUCGCCAAGUCAUUAUUGACAUGGUCUUAGCAACAGAAAUGACAAAGCACUUUGAGCAUGUCAACAAGUUUGUCAACAGCAUUAAUAAACCCUUGGCAGCACUAGAAGAAAAUGGGAAUAAUGGUGAUGGAGAGUCAAUCAAAACUGUUCUCAGGUCUCCUGAAAACCGUAUCCUUAUCAAACGCAUGUUGAUAAAGUGUGCUGACAUUUCCAAUCCAUGCAGACCCAGAGAACAGUGUAUAGAAUGGGCCGGACGCAUCUCUGAGGAGUACUUUGCACAGACUGAUGAAGAAAGGAGGCAAGGUUUACCUGUUGUGAUGCCAGUUUUCGACAGAAAUACUUGCAGCAUCCCCAAAUCCCAAUUAUCAUUCAUUGAUUACUUCAUUAUUGAUAUGUUUGAUGCCUGGGAUGCAUUUGCCGACCUGCCAAAUCUGAUGGAGCAUCUGAAUAAUAACAUUAAAUACUGGAAAGGACUGGAUGGAAGGAACCUGCGAGUCCUUCGACCACCACCAGAAUAGCAGUUAGACCAUGGUGUGUCAUUCAUUAGCCAGAUGCAUAUUUAUUCAAGCUCACUUUUAUCUGUGUGAAUUCAGAUUUGUUUUGGUCUCUUCAGUAUUACAGUAAAGCUAGCCCAUGCACUUGGGGAACUUUCACAUUCAAGAGAACACGAGGUCAGCAGUUGACUUCCACAAAGUACCAUGUGUGGACUCAGAUGAAAUAAGCCCACCAAGUGGAAUUACACUGGAUUGCUGCAGUACUUGUACUGAAGAGGGUUUAUUACAAACAUACUUCUGUGAUAUCUUCAUACCAGCACGUGAAGCUGGAAGACCUUGAAGAGAAUCCUCAUAAAAAGGACAUUCACUAGAAGUUUAUCUAUUGAUAGAGACUCACAGCUUUUAUGAGAAAGCUACAUGCUUUUUAUAAGCACUUCAGACAGUUAUGUAGAACAAUCAGACAUUUAAAAUGCAACUGUCUAUGAAAGAAUUUUUUGAUCUAUGAAAAAUAGAUGUACUGUAUUUUUUCACAUCACAGAAGGUGCAAUCAUUCACUUCUGAGCACUACUGAAAGUGAGUUCUCCUUAAGAAAUUUAGUAGCAAAUGUAAAAAAUAACACAAGAAUUUUUGAGGUUGAUCGUUAGCAUCUAUGAUUAAAAUGUUAUGUUUUAUUUAUUUUGUUAGAUGUUCAAUAUUUUCUAUGAAUUUAUAAAUACUUAAAAGCCAAAGCCAACUUUAGAUGCAUUAUAAAUUUACAUGAUUCAUACUCAUUAAUAUACAUUUAAUUGAUGUACAGACCUUUUAUUUUCAUAAUGCAAAUACAAAAUACUAUACAAUGAUACAUUUUUAUUGCACUGUAAGGAUAGAUGUGUAUGUUUAAAUAUUGUCUGAUUUAUGUUAAUUAAAAUAAGUUUUAUUAAAAAGGUCUCACUUGAGAGUAGUAGAAUAAACAAGAACUGUAUACUGUCUGAGCACCAGAACUGCAGUAGUUCUCCCACAAACCAGUGAGGACCAUCUGAUCUUCUCUUGGCUACAAAAAUAAUAGUGUGUUGGAACUCUUUGUUUUCUCCCAUGACAUUUUAUGACUGAACUCCCUGUUAAAGUCUGCCUUAUUUUAUAUAGUAUUUCUACAAAGCAUUCCACAGUGUAUAUGAAGAGGUGAUACUAAGCAUCUAAUGAAUUUCAACAUUUUAUAGUCAAUGUAUUUUCCUCUGCGGUAAAAGAAAAAGAACAUAAAACCACCAACACAAACCUUCAACUCAAGAAGUUUGUAAAGGCUGUGUACCUUCACAAUUUAAAUGAAACCUUCAUAGCAACUACCAGAAAAUAAUAAAAUGUAUAUUUUAAGAAGUGUCAAGUUCUACCCAUUUCAUUUGAAAUGUAUAUGCACUUUGUAGCUUGCAGACUAACAAACACAUGAAAUUCUUUUAAAAAUAACUAAGAUACUUUUUGUCUGGGGAAGGGAAAAGUUGAGGGGGUUGAAUGGCAUAUGAAAGGUGUAGCUGGCAAGCCCCUGUGUUUGUGGCCUGCCCUUGGCAAGCCCAUCAGACCCUUGUGUACCCUUGGACAAGUCUCUUCACGCUGUGUUCCGCUGGAGGACUCAAGGAGCAUCCUGUCAGCCUUCCCAGUCAACAGAAAGGCAUCCAAAGGCACUGAAAGGGCUGCUGACUGUUGUUACUGCAGAGAAAAUUGAGUUCAGAGACAUUUUGAACCAUUUCUGAAGAAGCAGACGCUGGGGAGAGGUGGAUGAUGGAGCCAUUCAGGGACUGCAGUAGCAGCCUUAAGGCUCCUGUGUCUCCAUUAGAGGAAAACUGCAUCACACCAUCACUGUCUCCUCUGCUUAUCUGCUGCAAUGAGGAUGAGAGAGGAAGUGUGGGCAUGAGCAUGUGGGCCCAGAGACUUAUCUGCAGAGAUACCGCUCAGAGCUCCUGAGAAGCCGGAGCUUCGUCCUCCCACCCCGCUGUGUGCCAGGCUUGGUGAGACUCGCAGGAGAGCCGAAUGCCAUCGGCGGGCACAGUCCCAGCAGUGUCCCCAGGCUGGGCAGUGCUGGCUGUUUCACACUCUGCUUACCUCUGCAGGAUCAAGCACAUACUAUGGGAAGGAAUGGAGGUGGACAACCACAGCAGGCGCUGCAGGAUGGUGGCUGCUGCAGGCAACAAUUCAGCUCUGUGUGGAUGGAGGCAUCACUGGGGAAGCCGCUCCAUGGCCCAGCCGAAGGCAGGCCCUUUGUUCCCGGCUCCAGCACUGGGUGAGGAGGGACACUGGACAUGCCUUGGAUUACGAUAGUUCUGCCACUGCCUUAGCAGUCCUGUGCCAUGCCUGGUGAUGACCAUGGGGCCAUUCUCCUGAGCAGACUGCUCUGUACUCAGCCACUGGCAGCAUAACAUCAGGGCUGUUUGGUACCUGUGGAGUCCCACUGCAAGAGUCUGAGCACCUCAAAUUUGGCUCAGAAAAUCUGCCCUUGCACAGCCAGCAAGAGGGUUGUGAAGUCCUGGGGACUUGACUGUUCAGUUCACCAACUGGAAAGUAUUUUGCCAGGUCACAGCUAUGGUUUGAGCACUUAAGGUGAAAGCUGAUGGUGGGUAGUAGAAUCAUGGGUUCAGCAGCAGCAUUUGUGCAUUAGAGACUCUGUUGGGAAGUUCAGAUGUUCUCAUACCUCUGUUCUGAUACCUGUGUGUUAUGCUCUUUCAGGUAUCUACUUGAAAUUAAGAGUGGGGCUCUCAGUUUUUGGCUGAUAGGGGUAAAACAGUGGGUAUAAGUUGGACCCAGAGUCAAGGAGGACAUUUUUAAGCAAACAAUGGUGCUAUCUCACCACUUCCAUCCCCUGCACAGGAGCUGUACCCUAGAGCUGCUGUUCCCUGGGAUGGCCAUGCCAGCAUCAGCAGGGCACACAUGGCCACAAGCUGCUCUGCUCACUGGCAGACAAAGCAACUGAAAGUCUCUGGCCUGCUUACAACAGGUCUGACAAAGUGACCAUAACUUUUUCUGCCCUGAAAAUACCUUAAUUCCGGGUAGGUUAAGAAGUGAUGCUGUGCUGGUAUAGCUCAGUGUUGCUAAACCCAUCUUCUGCGGCUUUUGUAACAGAUAUCCAAGAGCAGCUGGUACUGAUCGCUGCUGUAGGGACAUACUGAGCUCCUGUUUUUGUGGUUUCUGAAGGCUUGUUUUGGCAAGACUUUUUAAAAGCUAUUUGAGAAAGAAGAGACAAGCUUUUGACACACAGUUCUAUGUAAAAUCUCUUCAGUUUUGCCAACGGCAUUUAUUUGUAGAGACCCUGCAUAUUGUAGAGGCCACUGCUUGUUCCUGGUGAUUCCCUAGAAUGGAAACUUGAACCAAUGAUUUUUGUAAAGAAUGUGCAAUAAAUCUCUGGAAAAGC